GCUGUGUUGUCACUCCAGUCCCCAUGCUUUACUUUCUAAUGGUGGCUCAAAAAAGCAUCAGAAUUCAGAUUAAAUGUACAUUUAUUUUAAAUAUAAAGUUACAAAAUUCAGGGACCAGAGUGAUAGUAAUGGGAUCAGGGCAUUUGCCUUGCACAUGGCUGAACAGGGUUUAAUCCCUAGCAAACCAUAUGGUUCCCCAAGCCCUGCCAGGAGUGAUCCCUGAGCUUAGAGCCAAGAGUAAGCCAAGUACUACGAGGUGUAGCCUCAAAAUCCUAAAGAAUCAAAAUCUGAGUUAGGAAUAUCCAACACUGAGGUGUGAAGAGUUAUAAGAAGCUUAUAGUUACUAAGGCAGUUAUCAGUGCAUUUUUUUGUCUCACUGAUACUCAUAUAUGAAGAUAGUACUUUAGAAUUUUUUAAUUCUUAUAAUUCUGUAUAUUUUUUGUUUACUGUAUGGUAAAACUGGGAGCAUAUAUAGUUUCACUUUUUAGAACUUUAUAUUUGCAUGCAAUCCAGGAAUAUUUUCACACAUUAAUUUUAUACCCCAUUCAAAUAAAACUUCAUAUCCUUCCCAACCUAAAAAUUUUGAAACUGAAUCUUUCUACAAGAGCCCUACAUUAAGUUUAAGUUGCAGCAGGUUGUCUUCUCCUUACUAUUUUUUACUCAUUAAAAACUGUGAGUUGAUUUUCUUGUGAGAAGCUGGUCACUUCUAAUACAAGAUAUUCCUGAGAUCUGAAAAACAAAAUAUGAAUAUGCCCACUCCCUCUCCAGGGAAAAGCACCUAUGAGCAGACUGACACAGUGACGCGACUUGCGGUAUGCCGAUAUUACUGCUGUGUAAAGCAUGUGCUCAGGAUCCUUGUUACUGUCGCUGACUUCAUUACAUUAGUUUGAAAUGACAGUAAUAAUACAAACACUAAAGUGCUUGGUAUGGUCUGCUUCAACUACUUAGCAUGCGUUAGCUCACUAAGUAGCUUUUAAUUUUACCAUCUUUAACCUAUGUUCUCAGCUGUUAAGGGAUGCUCAACUACGUGGGCCGGUGCUUAAUUUAGUAAGCAAAUUCUGACAGAAAACAAUGGCUCUACAACAUGUCUCAGAAUAUAGUACAUUGCCCUGAGCCUGGGCUCCUGACUGCCCAAGAUUAAACAAUAGUAAAGAGAGGAACUGACAGUUCCAACUGACCCCCUUUUUACACCGCAGGGUGUCCCCCUUAAUUUUCAGGAUGCAUCAAUCACUUCCAGGUACAAAGGAAGGUGAAUUAGAGAAAUUUGGGGCCGAGUCUCUGCAAGGUCUUCGCCAUUGUCUUCACUUCGUCUCACACUGAUUCCAGGGGCUCCUCUUAGCAGGGCAGAGGUCGAGACCCUCCGGGCGCACCCCGACUCUUCCCGUGGUGGGGCCGGGGCGAGCCCCGAGCUUGGGCCGGCUGGGUGGGCAGGGACCCGGCCCGGCCGCCGGCGGUUCCCCCGCACGCCGGCCGGCCGCUUCCCAUUCAUGCUUUUGACAGCUGCGCGACCUCCCGCGAGCACCCCGCUCGGGCGGGCGGGCGGGCGGGCGCGCCGCGGUGACAGGCGGCGGUGCCCCGCGCGUGCGGCUCUUCCCGAGGUGGCUGCGUUUCCGACUUCGCCCUGGCUGCGCUCCGGGGGCUUGACGUGCAAACUUCGCUCGAGCGAUCCGAGAGGGAGGGACCGGCGAGGGGGAGGAGGCGGCGGGAGGCGCCUCCGCUUAAGGGAGCCGGCCGGGUGCCGCCGCGCGGACGGAAGGAAGGAGUGGGGCAGUCGAGCCCGGCCCGGGGAUGAGAGCGGCCUCAGGGAGCGGAAAGAAUGUCGGAGCGGGCCGCGGAUGACGUCAGGGGGGAGCCGCGCCGAGCGGCGGCGGCGGCGGCGGGCGGAGCGGCGGCGGCGGCGGCGGCGGCGGCGGCCGCCCGGCAGCAGCAGCAGCAGCCGCAGCCCCAGCAGCCUCCGCAGCCCCAGCGGCCGCCGCCGCCGCCGCGGCGCCUACGGCCGGAGGACGGCGGCCCGGGCGCCGCCUCCACCUCGGCCGCCGCCGCCAUGGCGACUGUCGGGGAGUGCAGGCCCUUGCCCAGUCCCGAAGCGAUGCUGGGACAGCCGUGGAAUCUCUGGGUCGAGGCUUCCAAACUUCCUGGGAAGGACGGGACGGAAUUGGACGAAAGUUUCAAGGAGUUUGGGAAAAACCGCGAAGUCAUGGGGCUCUGUCGCGAAGACAUGCCAAUAUUUGGUCUCUGUCCAGCCCAUGAUGAUUUCUACUUGGUGGUGUGUAAUGACUGUAAUCAGGUUGUCAAACCACAGGCAUUUCAAUCACAUUAUGAAAGGAGACACAGCUCAUCCAGCAAGCCUCCGUUGGCCGUUCCUCCCACUUCAGUAUUCCCCCUCUUCCCCUCACUGUCCAAAAGCAAAGGAGGCAGCAGCAGUGGGAGCAGCCGUUCUUCCAGCGGAGGGACUCUGAGUGCACCCUCCCUAAGUUCCAAGUUAUUGAAAUCACCCAAAGAGAAACUGCAGCCCAGGGGAAACACCAGGCCCAUGCAUCCCAUUCAUCAAAGUAGAGUCCCCCAUGGUAGAAUCAUGACGCCCUCAGUCAAAGUGGAAAAAAUUCAUCCGAAGAUGGAUGGCACACUACUGAAAUCUGCAGUGGGGCCAACCUGUCCUGCUACUGUGAGUUCCUCAGUCAAGCCUGGCCUUAACUGCCCCUCAAUACCAAAGCCAAUCUUGCCUUCACCUGGACAGAUUCUGAAUGGCAAAGGGCUUCCUGCACCACCCACUCUGGAAAAGAAAUCUGAAGAUAAUUCCAGUAACAGGAAAUAUUUAAAUAAGAGAUUAUCAGAAAGAGAGUUCGAUCCUGACAUUCACUGUGGGGUCAUUGAUCUCGACACCAAAAAGCCCUGCACCCGGUCUUUGACAUGCAAGACACAUUCCUUAACCCAUCGGAGGGCUGUUCAGGGUAGAAGAAAGCGAUUUGAUGUGUUAUUAGCUGAGCACAAAAACAAAACCAGGGAAAAGGAAUCAAUUCGUCAUCUGGACUCUCAGCAACCAACACAGCCUCUCAGGGACCCGCAUCCCACCCCUCCUAGAACUUCACAGGAGCCACACCAAAACUCUCACGGAGUGAUUCCUUCUGAAUCAAAGCCUUUCGUAGCUAGUAAACCUAAACCUCACACCCCCAGUCUUCCAAGGCCUCCAGGCUGCCCUGCUCAGCAAGGUGGGAGUGCCCCCAUUGACCCUCCUUCAGUCCAUGAAUCUCCACACCCGCCCCUGCCUGCCACUGAGCCAGCUUCUCGGUUAUCCAGUGAGGAGGGAGAAGGCGAUGACAAAGAAGAGUCUGUUGAAAAACUGGACUGUCAUUAUUCAGGUCAUCAUCCUCAGCCAGCAUCUUUUUGCACAUUCGGGAGUCGGCAGAUUGGAAGAGGCUAUUACGUGUUUGACUCCAGGUGGAAUCGGCUUCGCUGUGCCCUCAACCUCAUGGUGGAGAAGCAUCUGAAUGCGCAGCUGUGGAAGAAAAUCCCACCAGUGCCCAGCACAUCACCUGUCUCUACACGUAUUCCUCACCGGACAAACUCUGUCCCCACAUCACAGUGUGGGUCCAGCUAUCAGGCAGCGGCCACCAUGUCUACAUCCCCAGCCCUGCUCUCCUCCCCCUGCAUCUCCCCAAAUAGUAAAUCGGUACCAGCUCAUGGAACCACACUAAAUGCACAGCCCGCUGCGUGCGGCGCGAUGGAUCCUGUGUGCAGUAUGCAAUCCCGACAAGUGUCCUCGUCAUCCUCGUCCCCUUCCACGCCCUCUGGCCUCUCCUCCGUGCCCUCCUCCCCCAUGUCCAGGAAACCUCAGAAAUUGAAACCCAGCAAGUCUUUAAAGUCCAAGGAGUCUUCUGGUAACAGCACGAACUGUCACAAUGCCAGUAGCAGUACCAGUGGCGGCUCAGGAAAGAAACGCAAAAGCAAUUCCCCAAUAUUUGUUCACUCUUCCUCCUCCUCCUCCUCCUCCUCCUCCUCCUCCUCCUCUUCUUCUCAUUCCAUGGAGUCUUAUAGGAAAAACUGUGUGGCUUACUCUGGGCCUCCCUACCCCUCAGCGAUACCAUCGUCCCAUGGCAUUGGCCUUAACUGUGUGGUGAACAGAGCAAACUCAGUGAGUGUCCGGCUCGACCAGUCAGGGAGGGGCCCCCCCGGUGGGAGCCCUGCUGAGUCCAUCAAGAGGAUGAGCGUCAUGGUAAACAGCAGCGAUUCCACGCUGUCUCUGGGACCCUUCAUUCAUCAGUCCAGUGAGCUGGCGGUCAACUCCCACAGCAGUUUCUCACACUCACACACUCCUCUGGACAAGUUCAUCAGCAAGAAAAGGAAGUGCUCACCGGGCUCCAGCAGCGUCAACAACAGCAGCAGCAAACCCACCAAGGUUGCCAAAUUGCCGCCCAUGAACAACAUCCACGUGAAACACACAGGCACCAGCCCAGGGGCACAAGGACUGACCAACAGUUCCCUCCUCCAUCAGGUAGGACACGGACUGUGCGCCCGUGGGCGUGCCCCUCCCCUCGGGCCCUUGGUCAGGUCGAGAAGCUGUGAGGUUCCUAUGAACGGAUGUCCAGCGUCAAGGGUGUCUCGGAUGGGAAAGUUCGAGGUUCUCUGAAGGCCAGAGAGGCGGUCCUCGGCCCAGACUCUCGACCUCUUGGAAGAAAGAUG